GAAUUCUCAUAUCCGACGUCUCCGUUGACCGAUUACCACAAUAUGGUGGUGAUUGACUCGCUGGCUUGCGGUCCGUGAGGCGGCCAAACCAACAGUGUCUAGUCCCUAUCACAGCGAAAAAGGAAAUACGGAACGCUGCUAUAGCGGGAGAUCCUACCUUUUAAUGAUCCUUACACGGCAUGAUGAGUCAAAUAAGCACGCGUCGAGACACUUUCUUCUCCAGUCUCCGAGGUCAACGGCUUCUUUCAACCCUGACCAGUUGGAGCAUCUUGGUCGUGGGGUCGCUUGAAGCGGCUCCUCCUGUCAUUUCAGGUUUGGUCUUGGCUCGCCUUCGACCAGUCGCCGUUUCACCCUGCCAUGGACCAGGGGGCGAGACGAUCGCCCAAUUUCCCUGUCGGGGGUUGCCUGUUGCAUCACAAGUUAGAAGAUCCGAAAAUCCGGUCGCCAUCUUCCCCGGCUGCGUCUCUUUCUGCAGUUGGCAUAUACCUUUUCCGCCCGCUCCUCCUGGCCAGCCGGAACCAACAAGACGACGGCAGCGACACUGGCUAAUCGCGUACCUAUUUCCAAUUAACCCAGCAAGUGUUGGCUUAUAAGUCGGGAUAUUGCGGUGGUUCAACCCCAAUCUACGUGCGACACCAAAUGCGGGCCUUGCGACGCGCGUCUGAGAACAACGAGCAGGAUCCCUCCUGA